AUGUCCGAGGAUGAGGUUGACUUUUCAUUCCACUCCAGCAUCCCUCCAGUACUGGAUAUCAUAGUGGCUGUUGUCUACACAGUUUUUGGGGUGUGUUCUCUGAUGGGGAACAGCACCUUGUUGUAUGUUUCCUACAAGAAGAAGCACCAGUUAAAGCCCGCUGAGUUCUUCAUCAUCAACCUAGCCAUCAGCGACUUGGGGCUCACUCUGUCCUUGUACCCCAUGGCCAUCACCUCCAGUUUCUACCACAGGUGGCUGUACGGGUGGACGAUCUGCUCCAUGUACGCCUUCUGUGGGAUGCUGUUUGGCCUUUGUAGCCUCACCACCCUCACUCUGCUCAGCACAGUCUGUUUCGUCAAAGUCUGUUACCCCCACUACGGAAACCGCUUUAAGGCCCUUCACGGACGACUCCUGAUUGGCUUGGCUUGGCUGUACGCUCUGCUGUUUGCCGGCUCCCCUCUGGCGCACUGGGGAGAGUACGGUCCAGAACCCUAUGGCACGGCCUGCUGCAUCGACUGGCGCGUGUCUAACCUGAACCCCAGUGCCCGCUCGUACACUGUGGCUCUGUUCCUCCUCUGCUACAUUUUCCCGUGUGCAGUGAUCCUGGCUUCAUACUCCUGCAUCCUCAUCACUGUGCAGGCCUCCAGGAAGACUAUGGAGCAACACGCAUCCAGGCAGACUCACAUGAGCAGCAUUCAGGCCAUCAUCGUCAAGCUCAGUGUGGCUGUGUGCAUUGGCUUCCUCACAGCAUGGAGUCCUUACGCCAUUGUUUCCAUGUGGGCGGCGUUCGGACAGGUGGACAGCAUCCCCCCUCUGGCUUUUGCUCUGCCGGCCAUGUUCGCCAAAUCCUCCACCAUCUACAACCCCGUCAUUUACCUUUUACUACGGCCCAACUUCCGCAAAGUCAUGCGCAGAGACCUGAGAACUCUGUACCGUGCUUGUCUGAAGGGCUGUCCCUGCCUACAGCCCGACAUUGGAGUCCAGCUACCCACAAUUCAUAGACAGAGCCCCACACUGGACCCCAAUGCUCCUCCUGGUGGGGAUAUUAAGGAUAACAGCAGUAAGAAGUGUAGUGAUGCUUUUGAAUGCUUCCGACACUACCCCCAAACAUGCAGUGCGAUGAACCCAUUGGAUAAAGCAGAAGUGAAGGACAUACCCCCUCCCACUUCUCAAAACAUCAAGGAUAGGGGUCAGGGAAACAGAAAAUGUCCGCUGAUCAGUAUAUGCACUAAAAAAACACCAGAAAUAGACAACUUGCACAUUGACUUGGAGAUGGUGCCAGGACAAGCGAAGGUAGCUUGGCCCUGA